UAUUUAAUAUAACUAUUCGAAAAUGAAUGUCACCGUUGCCGUAGCACUCUUGGCCUACACCCAAGUCAAAUCAAUCGUUGCCCAUAUGGCAACAAAGGAUGAUUAUGAAGGCGUCAUAGCAACAACAGAAGCACGUGUUAAAUUGAUGAUGAGUCUGAUGGAUUCUGAUGGUAACUUGGAUGAGGAUAUCGUAGAUCUCAUCAGGGAAAAAUACAAGAUGCUCUGUGUGGAAAUGUUCAAAACUGCUAGCAGUGAUACCGAAGAAAAAGAAAAAGAGGAGGAGGAAGAGGAAGAAGAAGAAGAAGAAGAAGAAAAAGAAAAAGAAAAAGAAAAAGAAAAAGAGGAAGAGGAAGAGGUAGAAGAAGAAGAAGACACGUGCGAUGAUAAUAGUGACCUCUUCAUCGGUUACCUGAAUGUAGUUGGUUACGGUUUGAACGAAUUGUUCACUGGUCUAUACGGAGAGAACUACCACAAAUUGGUAGAGGGAUACCUUGAUCCUGGUAUUAAGGAGAGUGGCUUGGAACCAAAAGAGUUCAAAUUCCUUAGCGCCAGAUUCGUAAUCCCAUAUUUCUACGAUGAUAUCAUGGAACUGUACAAUGCUUUGGAACCCGAAGAUCCAGAGUCAAGCUCGUCAGAAGAUGAAAAGGAGCCCUUGGAGAUUAUGUAUAAGUGGGUUGACAUUGAAACUAACGGACUAAAGCCUGCUGAGCCCAUUGAUGAACAGCGGGUACUUGAUGCCUUCGAAACUCUCUUUUCCGCCGACAGUACACCAUUCAGUCAAACUCUCGUACACAUCUUACUCAACGACGUUUUCUACGAAGAUACCGAAAAGGCAAGUGAGGAAGUAAUACGUUGCUCCAGGUUGUUAAACGAGACAUCGUCUGAAACGAUAUAGAAGGCGCCGCA